AUGUUAUCCAAAUCGUUCUCUUGUCUUUGCGAUCUUAAACCCCGCGGUCAAGAUUUUGGUAUCCGCCUAUUUCUUUAUUCCUUACUUAUUUUCUUCUUCUUCGUUCUUUCUUUCUUUUUUCUUUCUUUCUUUCUUUCUUUUUGUUUUCUUUCUUUCAUUUCAUUAUCAUUCUUUAUCCUAUUUCUUUUUAUUCCUUACUUAUUUUCUUCUUCUUCGUUUCUUUCUUUCUUUUUUCUUUCUUUUUUCUUUCUUUUUUGUUUUCUUUCUUUCAUUUCAUUAUCAUUCUUUAUGUCUUUUUCUUUCUUUAUUUUUUCUUUUCUUUUUUCCUCUUUCAUACUUUCCUUCUUUAUAUUAUCUUUCUUUCUUCCUUCUUUCUUUUUUUUUACAUUAUAUUUUUUCUUUCUUUUUUUUUUUUCUUUCCUCAUUACAUUACGUUUUUUCUUACAUCAUAUUUCUUUCUUUAUUUCUCUUUUGUUACAUUACACCUUUUCUUUCUCUCAUAAAGCCUAUUUCUUUAUUCCUUACUUAUUUUCUUCUUCUUCGUUCUUUCUUUCUUUUUUCUUUCUUUCUUUCUUUUUGUUUUCUUCCUUUCAUUUCAUUAUCAUUCUUUAUGUCUUUCUUUCUUUAUUUUUUCUUUUCUUUUUCUCCCUUUCAUACUUUCCUUCUUUAUAUUAUCUUUCUUUUCUUCCUUCUUUCUUUUUUUACAUUAUAUUUUUUCUUUCUUUUUUCUUUCUUUCCUCAUUACAUUACGUUUUUUCUUACAUCAUAUUUCUUUCUUUAUUUCUCUUUUGUUACAUUACACCUUUUCUUUCUCUCAUAAAUCCUAUUUCUUUAUUCCUUACUUAUUUUCUUCUUCUUCGUUCUUUCUUUCUUUUUUCUUUCUUUCUUUCUUUUUGUUUUCUUUCUUUCAUUUCAUUAUCAUUCUUUAUGUCUUUCUUUCUUUAUUUUUUCUUUUCUUUUUCCCUUUCAUACUUUCUUUCUUUAUAUUAUCUUUCUUUUUUCUUCCUUCUUUCUUUUUUUUACAUUAUUUUUUUCUUUUUUUUUCUUUCUUUCCUCAUUACAUUACGUUUUUUCUUACAUCAUAUUUCUUUCUUUAUUUCUCUUUUGUUACAUUACACCUUUUCUUUCUCUCAUAAAGCCUAUUUCUUUAUUCCUUACUUAUUUUCUUCUUCUUCGUUCUUUUCUUUCUUUUUUUUCUUUCUUUCUUUCUUUUUUUUUUUCUUUCUUUCAUUUCAUUAUCAUUCUUUAUGUCUUUCUUUCUUUAUUUUUUCUUUUCUUUUUCUCCCUUUCAUACUUUCCUUCUUUAUAUUAUCUUUCUUUUCUUCCUUCUUUCUUUUUUACAUUAUAUUUUUUCUUUCUUUUUUCUUUCUUUCCUCAUUACAUUACAGACGAAACACGUCACACGAAAACUUUUCCACAUUGUCAUAUAUCUUUUCUUUAAAACUGUUGUUCAUAUUUAAAAAAAAUUAUAUAUCACUAUCCCAUCUAUCUAUCUAUCUAUCUAUCUAUCUAUCUAUCUAUCUAUCUAUUUAUCUAUCUAUCUAUCUAUCUAUCUAUCUAUUUUUCAUUCUCUGCUUUUCUAUCUCUCUCUCUAUCAAUCUCCACCCCCUCUCUGUAUAUCUAUCUACCACCACCACUCUAUCUAUCUAUCUAUCUAUCUAUCUAUCUAUCUAUCUAUCUAUCUAUCUAUCUCAUUCUCUGCUUUUCUAUAGCUCUAUCUAUCUAAACCCUCUCUCUGUAUAUCUAUCUACCUCCACCACUCUAUCUAUCUAUCUAUCUAGCUAG